UCGACAACCUUAUAGGGUUCCCCUCUCAGCCUCUCUCUCUUCACAUCCAGCCGCUGUUCGAGGUGCGGCCAAUCACUCCUUCAGAAUGGUUUUCGUCAAGUCUCAGAAAUCAAAGGCCUACUUCAAAAGAUACCAGGUCAAAUUCAAAAGAAGAAGAGAGGGUAAGACUGAUUACAGAGCCAGAAUUCGCCUGAUUAAUCAGGACAAGAAUAAAUACAACACUCCCAAAUAUCGUUUCGUUGUUCGAUUUACGAACAAAGACAUUGUUGCUCAAAUUGUCUCGGCUAGCAUUGCCGGUGAUAUUGUUCUUGCUGCAGCUUAUUCGCAUGAGCUACCUCACUAUGGUCUCACAGUAGGACUUACAAACUAUGCUGCAGCCUAUUGCACUGGUCUCCUAUUGGCUCGCCGAGUUCUUAAGACUCUUGAAAUGGAUGAGGAAUAUGAAGGCAAUGUAGAGGCUACUGGAGAAGAUUAUUCAGUCGAACCUGCUGAUUCCAGGAGGCCUUUCCGUGCUCUCCUUGAUGUUGGUUUGGUCAAGACCACAACUGGUAACCGGGUGUUUGGGGCACUCAAGGGAGCUUUGGAUGGAGGUUUGGAUAUUCCUCACAGUGACAAAAGGUUUGCUGGUUUUGACAAGGAGAAAAAGGAGCUUGAUGCUGAGGUUCACAGGAAGUAUAUCUUUGGUGGACAUGUUACUGCCUAUAUGAAGACAUUGAUUGAAGACGAGCCGGAGAAGUACCAAACUCACUUCAGCCAAUAUAUCAAGAAAGGGAUAGAAGCUGAUGGGAUUGAGGAACUUUACAAGAAGGUUCAUGCUGCUAUUCGUGCAGAUCCCUCGAUCAAAAAGUCUGGGAAGCAGCCACCAAAGGAACACAAGAGGUACAACUUGAAGAAGCUCACUUAUGAUGAGAGAAGGGCAAAGUUGGUUGCUCGCUUGGAGGCGCUAAAUUCUGCGGUGGAUGAAGACGAGGAUGAUGAGUGAAUUUGUGUUGGGAGUAGAGUCAAUUGUUAAGUUGGAUUUUCAUUUUCAUUUCCUUAAAAUUUUUGUUGCUCGCACACUUUACUUUAGAUCAACAUUUUUGGGUAAUUUGGAUUAUCCUAGUUGGAGUUGUUUCAAUUUACAUGAAUUGUUUUUGAAAA